GCUUCUAGCAAAUAGUUCAAUGGCUGGCCCUAGGAUUGCUCAUGCUACUUUGAAAGGACCAAGUGUCGUGAAGGAAAUUGUUAUUGGAAUUGCGCUCGGCUUGGCUGCUGGUAGCAUAUGGAAAAUGCAUCAUUGGAAUGAGCAGAAACGAGUUAGGUCAUUUUACGACUUGUUGAACAAAGGUGAGAUCACCUUGGUUCCAACAGAAGAACAGAUAUUCUAAACUUCUAUUCAUUAUUGAGACACUCUAAAUGGUGUUCUAAUGAUUUGCAUUCCUUUCACUUGGCUUUCGAGCCAGACAAGAGUUCACUUAGUUUGGAUUUCAUACAAAUAAGUUGUACUGCAUAUAGAAGACCUCCCAUUUCCAUGGAUUCCAAAGCUUUUAG